AUGGAUGGAGCAGGCGAGGACAAGGACUACACCAUCUGGCUGGCCCACUCCAGUGACCCCAGUGCCCCCAGUGACGGCUGUGUGCUGGGCUACAAGGAGCAGUUCCGGCGCCUGCGCAAGGCCUCGCUGUGCCGCAACGGCCGCGCCUUCACCGCCAGCCCCCAGCGCUCCGUCUGCCCCUGCACCCUGCAGGACUUCCUGUGCGAUUUCGGGUACUACCGCCCGGAGAACCAAUCCGUGUGCGUGGAGCAGCCGGAGCUGAAGGGACACGACCUGGAAUUCUGCCUGUACGGCCGCCGGGAGCUGCUCCGGACCAGCGGGUACCGGAAAAUCCCGGGGGAUCAAUGUUCCGGAGGGGAGAGCCCGAGCCGGGAGGAGAAGGACAUGAAGAAGAAAUGCACCAGCGACCUCCUCAACCCCGGCCCGCUGCAGGGAUCCUCAGGCAGCUCCGUGCCCGUGGCACUGGCCGUGGUGGCCGCGCUCGUGGUCACGGCGGUGGCCGGGGCUGUGCUGGUCAAGAGAUACGUCUGUGGGGGUCCUGGUCCAUCGCUACUCGGUGCUCCAACAACACGCCGAGGCCUCGGGCGCCGACGGCAUCGAGGGGCUGGAGCCCCCCCCUGCCCCCACCAAGGGGGGCUUCCACGAUGACUCCGACGAGGAUCUCCUGGAGUAGCCGAGAGUUCCCACGCUGGACCCCCCCCUCUGCUGAGAGGGACCCCCAGGCAGGGAGGGACCCCCCAAAACCAGGCAGGGAACCCCCCCAAAACCAGCAGGGGAGCCCCCCGAGCCGGCAGGACCCCCUGAAAAAAACAGGGACCCCCUGAACGAAUGGGGAACCCCCCAAAUAAAUGGGGGAUCCCCCAAGAAAUAGGGACCCCCUAAAUAAACGGGGACCCCCCAAAAACAAACAGGGACUCCCCCCCAAAUAAUUGGGGACCCCCCAAAA